CGCAACCAUCCGCACCCACAAACUCCCGCAACCGCAACUACAACCACUGCGGUUACACCAGUCAGGCCCUAAAAGUGAUAAUUCUGUUGUAACAGUUUAAAGUAAAACCACUGUAAUAAACUUAAGCUGUUUGGUGGACAGAACUAAAUAGCAAAGGGUUUAGUGAAAUCUCUCGAGUCUCCGAUGACAUCCGCCGCCGCUAAACUUUCCCGACGUGGAGCUCUCGAAGCCAGACGUCUCCUAAACCCUAAUCUCACCUCUCCCUUCUCCGAAACCGAAACCACUUUUAGAUCUCUGCUAUGCGAUUGCGAGAAGAGCUCAAAUCCUCAGCUGAAGAGCGCCGUUUCAGUUUUCCGGCAAGCUCUCGACUCCAACACCUCUCUUUCCUUCCCCGGAAACAAUCUCAUCGCAACUCUUGUACGUUUCAAGAAUCACAAGCUCGCAUUCUCCGUCUACCGCAAGAUGCUCGACACCAACGCUUUCAUCAGCUUCGUCUCCCUGAGCGGGCUCCUCGAAUGCCUCCUCCGAUUACACCGCAACAACACCAAUUUCGCCGUCGGCGUUUUGGCGGUGAUGCUUAAGCGCGGGUUCGCCUUCAACGUGUACAACCUCAACAUCCUCUUGAAAGGUUUAUGCAAGAACCUGGAGUUCGGUAAAGCUCUCGCCUUGCUUAGAGACAUGAGGUUGAAUUCUAUAGCACCGGAUGUCGUUAGCUACAACACUGUUAUAAGAGGUUUAUGCGAAGGGGGAGAGAUGGAGAAAGCUUUGGACUUGGCCAAGGAGAUGGAUUCUUCUUGGAGUUUGAUCACUUGUGGGAUUCUUGUUGAUGCCUUUUGCAAGGCUGGGAAGAUGGAGGAAGCUGUGGGGUUGUUUGAAGAGAUGAGAGUUGUUAAAGGUUUGGAACCGGAUCUUGUUUUGUACACUACGCUCAUCCGAGGCUUCUGUGAUUGCGGUGAUGUGGGUAGAGCUAAAGAGGUUUUCGAUGAGGUUAUGGAGAGAGGGCUCUCUCCCUCCGCGAUUACGUACAACACUCUUAUUCAAGGCUUUUGUAAGUUAGGAGAGAUGAAAGAGGCUUCGGAGAUGUUUGAGUUUAUGAAGGAGCGUGGGGUGAGUCCGAAUGUGUAUACAUAUACUGGUCUGAUAGGUGGUCUUUGCGGAGUUGGUAAGACUAAGGAAGCUCUUCAGCUUUUGAACCUCAUGUUGGAGAAGGGUGAAGAGCCGAACGUGGUGACGUAUAACGUUAUUCUUACGAAGCUGUGCAAGGAUGGUCUGGUUGGGGAGGGUUUGGAGGUUGUUGAGUUGAUGAAGAAGAGGGGUACGAGACCUGAUAUCGUAGCGUACAAUAUUUUGCUGGGGGGGCUCUGUGCCAAAGGGGACUUAGAGGAAGCAAGCAAGCUUCUGUGUUUACUGGUGAAUGAUGGGAGUUAUCCGGAUCCUGAUGUUAGAUCGUUUAAUGCGCUAAUCCACGGGCUUUGCGAGGAAAACAAUCUCCCUCAAGCUUUAGAGUUUUAUGAUUUGCUGGUUGAGAAAUUGGGUGCUGCAGAUGUAGUGACUACUACUAUAUUGCUUAAAGGCACUCUCAAGUAUGGAGAUGUGAACAAGGCAAUGGAGCUCUGGAAACAGAUCCCUGUUCCAAACUCAGAUAUGUACUCUACUGUGAUUGAUGGGUUUUGCAAAACCGGCAUGCUUAAUUUUGCUAAAGGACUGUUAUGUAAAAUGAGAGGGUCUGAGCUACGGCCUAGUGUUUACGACUAUAACUGUCUAUUGUCAUCAUUAUGUAAAGAGGGAAGCUUGGACCAGGCAUGGAGACUAUUCGAGGAAAUGCAGCGUGAUGACAGCUUUUUACCAGACGUUGUUUCUUUCAAUGUUAUGAUUGAUGGGAGUCUUAGAGCAGGGGAUGUUGAAUCUGCAGAAUCACUUCUAGUUGGGAUGUCUCGAGCUGGUCUUUCCCCUGAUUUGUUUACUUAUUCGAAACUGAUAAACAGGUUCCUGAAACUCGGAUAUUUGGAAGAGGCUAUUGGUUACUUUGACAGAAUGGUUGAGAGCGGCUUUGAACCUGAUGCUCAUAUUUGCGAUUCUGUGUUGAAGUAUUGUAUUUCACAGGGAGAUUCGGACAAGGUGAAGGAACUUGUGGAAAAACUGGUGGAGAAAGAUAUAGUACUUGACAAAGAACUGACGUGUACGGUCAUGGAAUACAUGUGUAGCAGCUCAGCAAACAUGGACCCUGUAAAGCGGUUGCUAAGUGUAGCAAAGGAUAAAGAGAGAAGGGAUUAAGUAGAGAGUACAGUAAAUUUGUGAAUGGUUGUGGCAGACCAGGAAGGAUGGUUGCAAGCCGCAAUCUGCUGAUGUCAUUGUAAGGAAGUGGUUAUGUAAAAAGCCAAAAAGGCAAGUUCCCGCUACAGUUGGAUGAUUGGAUUAUACAAUACAAGUAUCCAAGACCCCGAAGCAUUUCUGACUCAUAAUGCAGUGGAGGUCCAGCUCCUUCAUAUGAAUCUUAAGAGAGAAAAGCAAAUGGAUUAGUAAAAGAGUAUUGAAGAAUGAUUUUGUGGCACACAUAUAAUGGAAUUGCUCUCUCUCUCUCUAUCUCUCUCUUUGGUAUUGUUGACAAAAAAGGUAAAUAAGCAGCAGCCUCUCAUCUUUAUCAUAAUCCAAGUCUUUGCUAUUUUGCGUGACAAAUUAGAAGAAAAGAUAUAAGAGAGGAGGAGUUGGUUGUUUGCAUAUUUUUGCUGUUGUUUUGUGUAUUGGGACCUUGGGAGGAGAAGAAGAAGAAGAGAGAGAAAUCUGUUUCUUAGAAGAAGGUGGAGGUGCCAAACUUUUUUCUUCUUCUUCUUCGUCUUCCUUAUUGGUUUGUUUAUGUUUUUGUAACAAGUCUUUUAAUAAUAGAUUUUCUUUUACUUUUUCUUUAAAAAGUUGUUGAUGAUUUUAGGUUCAAUGAAUCUUUUGUUUUUGGUGCCCA